CAAAAUCAUUGAAUCUACCCAUAUGCAUUCAGAAAAUGCUUUUGACCAGCCAAUGGACUGGAAUUCCCAUAUGUUUAUUUCAGUUAACAAGUUAAUUUGAAAUCAAAUCAACAAUUAGCAAUCCUUUUGUAGCCAUUGAAGUUGUAAGCAUGUGAAAACAAAAUCAAAACCUUUGUGUACUAAACAAAUUGAUUGCCUAUUUUGUAGAUGUCUCACCUCAUCAGAACCCGGAGGUCGAUGACUUAUACACCUAGUCUGACCGCUACACCUAGUCUGACGACUAUACCUACUACUACCGCCAAUGCUCCGACAAAGAUGGUCCAUAGGCCGAUCAAUCCGGUCCACUCAUAUGGUCCUCCAAUCCCACAAACGCAGGCAUCGUUGACUUCAUUGGUGGCGUUACCUAUUAGCGCUAGACGAACUCACCGACGCCCCCACACUGUGGACCAGAUGUCGCCAUCGGGAUCCACAACCGAUGCCUCUGGUACACGGCCAUUGAAGAAAAACACUCGGGGACCUUGUCGGCAAUUGAAGACGGGGAAGGUCACCUGGGUGACCAACGAUCGUAUCCCAAUCGAAUACGAUGAGCGACAUCGGGCAGCACCAACGGCAGAGCAGCAUAGUGCAUUGGCCCACGACAUUGGGCAUGUCGUGCGGAACUUUUGCCCUAUGCUGUGGAAGUCUUGGAAGACGAUGCCAGAGGAGACGAAGAUUACGAUGCGCAAUCAAUUGUCUACAAACUACAAUUUGGAGCACAUGGACGAGGACAAGUUCGCGUAUGUCAAUCGGCUCUUCUUCGAACACUACAAGCAGUGGAAGAGUAACUUGCACCAAUGGUUCGAGGAGUUUGAUGAUCCACAGGUCGCUCUUGAGGAGGGAUGUCCGAAGGAGUUGGAGGACCGACAAGAUAGUUGGGUUUGGCUUUGCGAUCAUUUUAUGGACCCGACAUAUGUGAAGAAUGCGAAGGCGAACAAGAUCAAUCGAGAGAAGAAGACUAUUCUCCACCAUUUGGGUUCGAGGUCUUUCUCCUAUAGGAUGGUGGCGCGACGGAAGGAGGGUUCAAAAUUUUCAGAGAUCGACAUCUUUGGUGACAUUUAUGUUCGGCCUGGGAAUGAGUUUGACACGCCCCGAUCCUGA